AUGCCAGCUAAAUCGGUUCCGGAUGGCCCCGUUUGCCCCCACCCGAAGUCAGUGGUGGAAGCUUGGUUGAAGCACCCGGUUUUGGCUGAGCGAUGCCGCAAUGUAGAGCGGCUUGUUCAGAGUGAGGAUUGCAAGGAGCUGAAGGACAAGAACGGAACGUUCAUGAAGAAACCCAUCGUUCCAUCCAGAAAGAACAUGAUCAACAACUCAAUCGUCCUGGAGGUGCUUGCCAAGGACAUGUCGGCCAGAAUGCGUGUUGGCGCUGACCCCAUCGACGUGCUUUGCGUCAUGACUUUGGGCUACUACGAGUCCAACAAGUACUUUGGCAAGGUGGCCAACUCUCUCAAUCUGAAGGCAGUGGCUUACUCAGAUGCAUGGACCAUUCACAAGAUGGUGAGUCAGUUCCGCAGUCCAGAACCAGAGCUCCAGGAGACCUUCAAGUAUCUCAAAGCUUCUUAUGAGUGGCAAGUCAAGGUCCACUUGCAGACUCUCAUGGUGGAAUCUGACACCCCCAGUGACACCACUUCGAGCCUUGGGUCUGGUGAUCUUGGCGGUUCCGGCACUUUCAGCUUUCCUGACGAGUGUGCCGCGGAAUCGUUGGCAAGGGCUGCUUCUUCCAACAAUCUUCUGGCCCAGUGGGAUGCGAUUGAAAUUUUGGACAGCCCGGUGAAGCCCACGACUGUUCCUGGUUAUGGCCAUUUGUUUGGCCCCACCCCCCAGGAGAGGUAUGAGAAGUUGAUGCAUGCUCUUAACACCGUGGAAGCUAAGUAUCCGAGCCAAGAGGCAACCGCCCCGGGAUCUGACGAUGCGGCCGUGCUGGGGGAAGCAGAGCCAAGCCCAGGACCUGAACUCCUUGGUGCGGAGAUGGUGGAGGCCACAGAAAUUGACACCUUGACCUUGGAAUCCCAGCCGGAUCUUCAGCCCGAUCCAUUUGAGGGUGCCAAGCUGGUGACUAUGGAUGCCAUGGACACUCUUGUCGUCGCCAACGACACCCUUGCUGGUGUUGAAUGUGCUCUCGGCCUUCCGGAACCUGUGCCCAUGGACCAUCCAGCCAAUGUCCCAGCAUUGCACAGGACGAGCAGGGCAAUGACCAAGGAUGAUGCGCCGAUCCACUGUGAGCCAGGGGUGGGUCCUGAGGCUUCAGGGCGUGCGAGUGCUGAAGUUGGUGAAGUCGAAGUUGGUGCUGUUGCUCCCGGUUUCCCUGUUCAAGCAGAAACUGCACCGGUUCCAGAACCAGCCGGCGAGUCCGCCGUGUCUCCAGUGAAGGACCCAGUUACCAAGAAUGACCAGCUUCGGAGGAUCGGAGAUGUGAAGGAGGCAAAGGCGAAGGCCAAAGCGAAGGCCAAAGCGCAGGGCAAGAGCAAGGCAAAAGCCAGAGCCAAGGCCAAAGCGGCGCCCAAAGCCAAGGCACGCGCCAAGGCUAAGGCGAAAGCCAAAGCCAAGGCAGGUGCCAAGGCUGGUGCCCGGCCACCAAGGGGAUAUGGUCGUCGAGGUGAACCUUUGCUGACCAUCGAUGAUGUGUUGGAGGAACAUCCAGGUGUGGAGCCUGCUGACGCCCCAAUCAUGCCACCGUCGCCAUCCCAUGGACGGCGUCCUGCCAUGAAGCGGCCUGCUGCCGCAUCCGCCAAGGACAAAGAGAAGAAGAAGCCUCGUGUUGAGACCACUGACGGCCUUUCCGAGCAUGUCAAGGAGAUGCUGGAGCAGGACCGCGUUCCCCACACCUUUGGUGGCCGUGGCUGUCCUGCAAAGGGCUGGGGGCUUGAGAAAUACUGUCUUGUCGCAGAUGCCUUUGAAAGCCAUGUGGCCCCAUCCCUGCCGAUGUUCUUUUGCGAGCUGGUGGCCGCUGAGAAGCUGAAGGUUGAAAACUUCGACCCGAUGGAUUUCUCUUUCAUCGACAAUGCAGUGGGCAAGAAGCUAGAUGAGAUGGGCGAAGCUCCUCCUGGUCGCCGCCGGCAAGAUCGCCAGGUGGAUGAGGAAGACGGGGCUGACAUGCCUGAAGGCUAUACUACCUUACUUGCUGCCACCGCUGUGCUCCUGGCAGGCGGAGCCAUGAGAGCGUUGCGGGGCCUCAAGAGGGAGGUACUGGCCUUUGCAGCACUCUUGCUGCUAUGGAACACGUCGGUGGAUUGGACAGGGGAGGAUUAUCUGUUCGUUGAAAGUUUUGCCGGAACUGCGGAAGCAACACGUCAAGUGCAGUCUUCCUUCCCAUCUCGUACAACCGUGGCUCUAGACAUCAAGUUCACCCCUACAAUGGACUUAGGCCUUGCCGAUCUUACCGAGACGCUGAAGGCAGGGUGCGCUACCAUGGCACCUCCGAGCUCAAGCAAACGGAGUUCCGGGAAUACCAAUUUCAACAGGGAUGCGGGUUCCAACUCACUCUCCCUGGGCGUGUGGCGAAGGGACGUGGAAAAGGACCUGAAGCGCCUUGCUGAGAAAGCGAAGGCCGAGAUUGCCGAAGCGGAGACCUUACCAGCUCAGGACGAUGCGCUUCCUAAAGUGGAACCCGGGGUCAAAGUCGAACAGGCUGCUACUUGGCCCUAUGUCUUGGCCACUGGUGAUUCAGGGCAGGGGCUGCCUGGCCUCUGUGACCCACUAGAGGAUGAAGAUUGGCAAGAUUUGUUCCAGCACUACUUCGUGACCAAUAGCCCGCCGCCAGAUCCCGUGUCCACAGAUGCCUACCAGGAAAUGUUUUCCCCGGAACCCAGGGACACAUAUGCCUCUCCUUUGGGCAAACUGGAUGAAAGCACAGAAGAUAGCGGUGCCUUGACGACCACCCCAGGCAGCAGUGCGGGUGGCCUUUCCGAUGGAUCGGGCAGCAAGAGUGUGCCUAAGCAGAACCCCAACUACUUGCAUAUCUCGGAUGAGGCUACCUCUGGCGCAGCCAAACGCAAUCAUGAGCUCAUUGCCUCUUUGGGACUCAUCGAUGAAAAUGACUUGGAGUUCUGGAGGGGAAAAUUUAGGAGGACAUGUGAGCCCAAGCGGGCAUCUGGCAACUUGGAAAUCCCUGAUGACAUUUUCCAGCAGUAUCAAUCCAAAGGGGCCUCUAGGGACAAGCUCUUCGAGCUGUUUGUGAAAAGUGGUGGGGACAAAGAUUCCUUCAUCCAAGAAGUGCGGGUGGAACGAUCCAGUGAGCAAGUCAACGAGUUGAACCGCGAGGGAGGUUUCUAUACUGAGAAGGAAAUGAAGGAUAUUCUGAAAUUUCCCGAGAGCAAGAUUCGAAGUGCUGUUGAGCGUGGGGAACGGGAUCCAACUUACAUGGAGCUGGAUGAGCUUGACGAAAACAUCGUCUACUACUGGUGCAAUGUGCGAACUCGCGGCAACUUGAAGAACCGUCAUGCCCAAGGUCUGCAUGUUUCCACGACCGCCCAGGGCAACACAGACCGAUUCAAGAGCCAGCUCAUGAGCAACAAGUUCGAUCUAGCGUCCAUGGGCCAUCAUGGGCCUGCUAAGAAGGAGCAGAAAGCCGUGAAGACGCACGAGCUUGACUCGCACAUGGAAGAGGUUCUGAAUGUCCUGAACAAGAUGGCGCCGUUUCUGGAUAAACUCCAUGCCAGCACGGCAAAGGGGGCACCUGAGCCGCUCAUCCUGGCACCAAUCUUUUCAAAAGUUGUUUGA